AGGCAGGCGAGGGCGGCCUUAGCAACGGUUUCUGAACUGUGAAGACAGCCGUUGGGCUGCGCUGCCGGCGGCUGAGAUCGGGAGGUCCCGGCUGAGGGCACCGGUUGGUGACAUGGCAUCCACAAGUUCAGACCAAUGGAAGAAAAGAGCAGCAAAACUUGAAUUGAAUGAAACCCAAAAGCAAGAAAUUAAAGAGGCCUUUGAUUUAUUUGAUGUUGAUGGGUCUGGAACCAUAGAUGUGAAAGAAUUGAAGAUUGCAAUGCAAGCCUUAGGAUUUGAACCAAAGAAAGAAGAAAUUAAAAAAAUGAUAGCUGAAAUCGACAAAGAAGGAAAUGGCACCAUUAGUUUCGAAGAUUUUUUUGCCAUAAUGAGUGUAAAAAUGAGUGAGAAAGAAGAAAUAUUGAAGGCUUUCAAAUUAUUUGAUGAUGAUGAUACUGGAAGCAUAACACUAAACAAUAUCAAGAGGGUUGCUAAGGAACUAGGGGAAAAUUUAACAGAUGAUGAACUUCAGGAAAUGCUUGAUGAAGCUGAUCGUGAUAGGGAUGGAGAAGUAAGUGAGGAAGAAUUUUUGAGGAUGAUGAAAAAGACCACUCUUUAUUAAUACUUUUUUUAAUCCCUCUGGAAAGUUAAUAACUUUGUAUUUGUUAUACAGUUCCAUAAUAUCUGAAUGUAUUUGUUGUCAAUUUCUAAUUUAUUUGCGCAAAUUGGUGUUUUGAUGUGUAAUCCAUGCAAGAAGCUAGGCUUCUAUCAACAUGUUGUUAAACAUCUACAGCAUCAAGAAAGAAAAUAUAAUGAUUUCUGUGAAUCGUGAAUCCAAAACCAGUAUUAAUUCCAACUGCUACUUUUUGGAGUCUCAGCAUCUAAAGACUUAGAAUUUUUUUUAGGUUUAAUGAAACUGAGCCCACAUCCGAUUGAAUUUGGCAAACAGGCUAUUACUUUCCCUAUUAUUUUCCUUUUGUGCAACUCUUUAAAAACUGAUAAACAUUUGAUUUUUAAUCAGUUAUUCAGAUAUGUAAAGUAUUAAAUAAAAUUGCCUAGUAAUACUUUA